AUGACCAGUUCGGUCCCUAAUGAUAUCCUCAUCUCUGAGAUCAAUGCCCGACUACGAAAGGCCUACAGCGAAGAGGAAGAGUAUUGGAGGCAAAGGAGCCGGACCUUAUGGCUUGCAUUAGGGGAUAGGAACUCAGGGUUCUUUCAUGCAACAACCAGACAAAGAUGGGCGACAAAUAAGUUCUCAGUUAUGGAAGAUAGUCAACGCCUUGCAGUCUUUGAAGAACACGAAAUCUUGAGACUGAUCUCAGAUUAUUUUGAGAACCUGUUCAAGACUAACAACUCUACCAACACCGGAAUAGUUGAGGAAGCAAUCUCGCCAGCCAUAACCGAGGAGCUUAACGAGGGAGUAUCCGCUGUACCUUCUGAUGAAGAGAUCAAAGCCGCGACUUUCUCCAUACAUCCGGAUAAGGCCCCGGGCCCGGAUGGGUUUUCUGCAGGGUUCAUCCGGACAAACUGGAACACAGUGGGACCUGCAGUAUCAAGAGAGAUCAAACAGUUCUUCAGCACAAGAGUCCUGCCCAGCAACAUCAACCAUACUCACAUCCGGCUCAUCCCAAAGAUCCUUGCCCCUAGGACUGUGGCGGACUACCGGCCCAUCGCCCUGACCAGCGUUUACUACAAAAUCAUUUCUAAGAUUAUCACCAAACGGCUACAACCCAUCUUGGACUUGAUAAUCUCAGAAAAUCAGUCGGCUUUUGUUCCAGGACGAGCUAUAGCGGAUAACGUCAUGAUUACUCACGAAACGCUGCACUUUCUGAAACGAUCAGGAGCGGUCAAACAUUGCUCUAUGGCGGUGAAAACGGACAUGAGCAAAGCUUACGAUCGCCUAGAGUGGAAUUUUAUAGAAGCGGUCUUGCGGAGAUUCGGCUUCAACGACAGCUUCUGUCACAGAGUAAUGAGCUGUAUCACUUCAGUCUCUUACUCGAUCUUGUUUAAUGGAGAAGCGCAGGGCCAUAUAAUUCCGAAGAGGGGGAUUAGGCAAGGAGAUCCGUUAUCUUCUUAUAUCUUCAUCAUGUGCAGCCAGGUGCUAUCAGGCUUGUGUACUGUGGCUCAAAACCGGGGCACGCUCGCAGGGAUCAGAGUGGCUCGGGGCAGUCCGCGCGUCAAUCACCUUCUAUUCGCUGACGAUACGAUGUUCUUCGUUAAGACAUCGCAGCAAAGUGUGGACGUGCUAAAGGACAUCCUGAUCAAAUAUGAGACUGCAUCAGGCCAAACGAUAAGCCCCUUGAAAUCUUCCAUCACAUUCUCGAAGAAGACUCCCAUGGAGGUGAAGAUCAGAGUACAAGCUAGCUUGGGAAUCACAAAGGAAGGAGGCGUGGGCAAGUAUUUAGGCCUGCCUGAACACUUCGGUAGGCGAAAGAAAGACCUCUUUACUUCAAUUGUGGACAGCAUUCGACAAAGAGCCGCGAGUUGGAGCUCCAAUAAGUUAUCUAGUGCUGGAAAACUAGUCAUGCUCAAGUCGGUGUUAUCAGUCAAACCAACAUAUGCCAUGACCUGUUUCAAACUCCCACUCAGUCUCAUCAAGCGAAUCCAAUCAGCGCUAACAAGAUUCUGGUGGUAUGCUAAUCCCGAUGAGCGGAAAAUGUGUUGGGUUGCUUUCUCGGAGCUGGCUAAAUCAAAGGGAGUAGGGGGACUAGGCCUCCGCGAUAUAGAGAUGUUUAAUGUGGCUUUACUAGCAAAACAAAGCUGGAGAAUUGCCACAAACCCUGAGUGCCUGCUCUCAAGGGUCUUACUUGGGAAAUACUGCAAUCAUCAACCAUUCUUCAGUGUCUCAGCUUCAUCCUCAAUAUCACACGGUUGGCGAAGCAUCCUCUGCGGUAGAGACCUCCUCCUAGCAAAUACUGGGAAAGCGAUCGGGGAUGGCAGAGACACUUCGUUAUGGGAGGAACCGUGGCUCUCUUCAGAAACACCAACCCGUCCAAUGGGACCGCCAACGGAUGAGACUAAGCAUUGGCGGGUCUCAGAUCUUAUUAGUAGGGAGUCGGGAGAGUGGAACAAAGCGUUAAUAGAGCGCACCUUGCCUCAUGCUGUCAAGGAGAUCCUCAGCAUAAAACCAAGCAAAUUAGGCAAGCCUGAUGCUCUGGUAUGGCUUCCAACAAAAGAUGGGGCAUACAGCACGAAAACCGGUUACUACACCGGCCUAUCAAUGAAGGAGACAACCCACUUGCGGCCUGCACCACCACAACCUUGCAAUUGGAACGCCGAUAUCUGGAGGGGAUUAUUUUCACCAAAACUAAGAGUUUUCCUAUGGAAAAUUGUUAAGGGAGCGUUGCCACUGGGAGAGAACUUAGAAAAGAGAAGUAUUCUAACCACCUCUAAGUGUAUUCACUGUGGACUGCGAGAGACAGCAUCACAUCUGUUCCUACAUUGUCGGUUUGCAACAAGAGUUUGGGCGAUGGCACCACUGCUACAUCCGGAACUCAUCACCUCUACACCAGACUUUGAAACGGCCCUCAAAAACUCAAAGAAGAUCACUAAUCUCCCACCGUCAGGAUUGGCGUCUGGCCCUCUGUUUCCUUGGAUUUGUUGGACCCUCUGGACUUCAAGAAAUCAGCUAAUCUUUGAAAACAGAGCAGUCACUCCGGAGGAAACACUGACACGAGCAAUAAAACUAGCGCGGGAAUGGCAAGAAGCUCAAUGUCAGGGACAAUCGCAGACUACAACUACUCCUCCACUGAAUGUAGUCCACCCUAUCGAGACCACUUCUCGGAACAACUCGGGUGGAACUACCGUUUGCACGGAUGCGGCGUGGAAAGAAGAAUCAAAUAGAGCAGGCCUUGGCUGGAUCUUCACAGACCAUGCAGGCGAUACCAUUACGUCGGAAAGUAGAUCGGAAACUUUUGUUCCUUCCCCCCUCAUGGCUGAGAGCCUGGCCAUUCGCGAAGCUUUGCUUCAUGCGCGCCAAAUGGGCAUCUCCACCUUGACAGUGAAAUCGGACGCUCAGACUCUAGUCAGAGCUAUCAACGACAGGAAACUUCUUAAAGAAAUGUUUGGAAUAUUUCAUGAUAUUCUCAAAUUGUCUCUAGAGUUCCAUGUGAUCUCCUUUGUUUUUAUUCCUCGCUCAGACAACAUAGCUGCUGAUGUCCUUGCUAAGGGGGUUCUGCUUGCUUCUGAUAUUACUCUGCUCUCUGUGUAA